CUUCUUCUUCCUCUGAUGCAGACAAUGAUGUCUUUAGGAGCCAGCAACUUAAUGAUGGACCACCUGAAUUAUCUCAAGAAGAUGGCUGUCGAGAAGAGCCCAAAGCUACCAAGAGUACAUGAAGCUGAUCCCUAUCCCAACCAAUCGAAGCACAGUAAUCCCGUACACCUCGUGGACCGGCCUAGGCAGCUCGAUGAAGCAAAUCUACGAGCAGCCAUUGCACUAUCUGACCAAUAUCCAGUUGAGAUGUAUGGACCAAGAAAGGCUUGCUGGUACAGCUGUCCCACUAUACAUGAUCAUCCACCCGUGCAAGGCCCAGGCCAGCAUCUGGAUCUUGAGGAGGCCCACCGCUGACAUCAUCGCCACAUCAGCUCGUCAAACUGUGGGAAGCAAAUACAUCUUAUCAUGCGCACAUCGAUCACAUAUUUCCCCAGCUGAAGGUUUGACAAGUCACCCAUUUGUUGAUGAUGUUGGGAUUUUGUUUGGAUUUACUUACUGUCUUCUUUUUUACUCUCUUUGUUGUUUGGGAAGUUAAGUUCGGAGUUGUUUGAAUCAAAUUGAAAAUUCUGG